AGAAGAAAAUUACCAUCAAACAAUUUAAUGUUGUUGGAACAUCAGCCGAAUCAUCAUCAUCACAAUUUUCCGAAUUACAAAUGGAUCAGCCUUCAUCUCAAUCAUCAUCCGCAUCUCAAUCCGCAUCAUCAACUGUUAUUGUGAUUAGUGGACAACGUACAAAACUUUUAUGUCCAUUAAUUGAUCAAACAAAAUUAUUAACAAAUAAAAAAUUAUUGCCUUCAUCUGCUGCCAAUUCUGUUGUUGUUGUUCAUCAUCAAGAUGGUACAUCAUCCACUGCUGCCACAAUAAUACCAAUUAAAUGGCAAAAAGAAAAUUCAAUACUACCAUAUGAUCAUCGACAACAUAUACAACCAAAUGGUACAUUAAUUAUACAAUCAUCACAAAAACGUUUGGAUGAAGGUAGUUAUUAUUGUUAUUUUGAUGAAAAUUUUUCUACAUCCACUGUUACCGAUAACAACGGGAAAAAAUCCAACAACAACAAUAUUAAUGCUCAAAAUAAAGAUUUUAUUAUGAAAAAUGGUGCAGCAACUGUUCAUCUAAAAGUAAUGGAUCCACCACACGUUGCACCAUUUGAAUUUCCCGCCGAUUUACAAAUCGGAAUGAAAGCACGUGCAAUGUGUUCAGUAAUGCGUGGUGAUCAACCAUUUCGUUUUUAUUGGACACAAGAUGGUCAUCGUUUAGAAUCAGAUUUACCAACUGAAGAUACUGGUGCCAUAUAUCGUCUGCAACAUUUUCGUGAUUAUUCAAUGCUUACUGUCGAUAGUUUGACAUUAGCACAUGCCGGUAAUAUUACCUGUACAGUAUCGAAUGAUGCAGCAAGAACAUCACAAAGUUCAUUACUUAAAGUUAAUGCACCACCACAAUGGUUAAUCGAACCAAAAGAUACACAGGUAAUAUUACAUCAAUCAGUUAGAAUUGAUUGUCUGGCAUCUGGAUCACCAAAACCAUUUACAACAUGGAAACGUGCUAUAGGUACAAGCCCAUGGGAAUAUAUACCAAUCUAUAAUUCAAUACAUUAUUAUCUACAUUCAAAUGGUUCGUUACAAAUUAAAUCGGCAACACAUCAACAAUCUGGCCAAUAUAUUUGUCAAUCAACAAAUGGAUAUGGUACGGAUAUUGGAAAAUUAAUUCAUCUUAAAAUUAAUGAACCACCAAGAUUUCAAAUAACCAUUCAACAACAAUCAGCACAUAAAGAUCGUCCAGUACGAUUAAUAUGUCCACCGGAAGGUGAUCAUCCAAUACAUAUGGAAUGGUUUCAAUUAAUCAAUGAUACCAAUCGAAAUUUAGAAUCAUUAGAUUCAAAACGUGACAAUCAUGGCAAUAAUAAUCGUGCCAAAAUAUCAUUAAAUGCCAAUGAUAAUUUUAAUGAUAAAUAUCUAUUUGAAAUCAAAGAAAUUUCCCGAAAAUUUCUUUCAGAUGAACGACAACAAUCAACAUCUAAAUCAUCCUCCUCUACAAAUCAACAAAAAUCCAAAAAUCUUAUUGUUUCAAUAUUAACCAUACGUAAACCAACACGUUUAGAUUCAAGUUUAUUUUUAUGUAAAGCAUCAAAUGAAUAUGGUUGGGCUGAAAUGAAAAUUCGUCUUAUUGUUAAAGAAAAACCUGAUGUUCCGGAAAAAUUUUCCAUACAAAACGUGACUGAAUCUCGAACGGAAAUACGUUGGCAUGAAUCAUUUAAUGGAAAUUCUAAUAUUGUUAAUUAUGUGGUACAAUAUCGUCUUAUUACGAAUCCAUCAACAACAACACGAAAUGACAAUCAAAUAUCAUCAUCAUCGACAUCGACAACCGAUUCGUCAAUCAAUGUUUUAGAUAUGGAU